AGCGCUCAUAAAACAAAACGUCAAAUUUCUAGGGUGCGCUUGAUGUGUUGGAAUUUAUUUACUUGGGCCUAAUUACUAAAUAUAUUGAUUAACAUAUUCGGAAAUGACGAGUUUCGACGUUAAAUAUGAUAUGUAUCCUGCCGGGGAUGUAGGAGUAGGAAUGGUGGAGGGUGAAAUGAAUAUACCUGGGUCAGCAGCUCAAAACAGCGUGGAGUUUAACACACUGGAUGAACCUAUUAAAGAAACAUUUCUCCGUGACCUCAGAGCGGUGGGCAACAAAUUUUUCCAUGUUCUCAUCCCUAGAGAGAAAACUAGUCUCUUAAAGGAAUGGGACCUUUGGGGCCCGCUUCUACUCUGCACAUUGAUGGCGACCAUCUUGCAGGGCUCAGCGGAACGGGCAGAUAAUUCCAACGACGGCGGUCCCGAGUUUGCAGAAGUAUUUGUGUUGGUCUGGAUCGGAGCCACUGUUGUUACAUUCAAUUCUAAAUUGCUGGGUGGUAACAUCUCAUUCUUCCAGUCAGUAUGCGUGCUGGGUUACUGCCUGCUGCCUAUCGCGAUGGCGCUGAUAGUAUGUCGUAUCAUCUUAUUCAGUACGCAAAGCACGUUCCUCUUCUUCCUCCGGCUUGUCAUUUCUAUAGUCGGUUACGUUUGGGCUACUUUCGCUGCUACAAAGUUCCUCGGGGACAGUCAACCGGAAGGCAAGAAAGCAUUGGCUGUGUAUCCAAUAUGCCUCUUCUACUUUAUCUUAUCUUGGCUAGUCGUCUCUCAUAGUAAUGUGUAAAGUGUACAUUAGUGAUGUGAUAUGGACUGUUAGAGAUAAUUUGUGAAUAUAGUAAGUGAGUUUACAUUUAAUGUAUUAAGAUGUGUUUGCUUUAGACAGUUUGUGAAGAGUACAAAUUGUGCUAGUGCAAGAAGUGUUCCAGUAAUGGCACUAGGGUGAGAAGGGGUUGUAUAGCUGUAUAUAAACAGAAGGAAACAUGCUUUUGACUUUGAAGAAACAACUUGUAAAAUCCUGUGACGUUGGCGAAAUCGUCGCGCAAAACGACGGAGCCAUAGAUACAAAAGUUGAAGUUAAAAGCAAAAAACUGCACUACAAAGAAUUAAUGCAUAAAAUAUAGGCAGUUACGCGCUGGCUUAUGGUGAGAAUAGUCAAAGAGCAACAUCUGAAUUCAUAUAGAGUAUUAUGCGAGAGAAUGGUGCCAGUAAAAGCAUUUAAAAAUAGUCCGUAAGUCUUAAGCAAACACACGCUUUACAAUUUUGAUUAAUAAUUAUAUUUAUUAUGACUAGAGCGGGUGCUCUGGUCCGUCGUAUAUUCGCUAUUGUUUAAUUAAUUGCGUUAUAAUAUAGCACAAUGUGCAUUAUUAACAUUCCAGAUGAUUCGCUAAAGGUUGACAACUUAGUAGAGAAUUUUUAUGUUUUGUAAGCUUUUCGGAGACAGGUCAUUUGUAUAUGUGUAGUGAUAUGGGAAGAAUUCUUUGCUAAGUU